GAGUCAACGUCGUCAUGGUGCAGGUUUGUGGGCUCUAAUCAAACAACACUUUGAUGUUUAGAUGAUUGUGGUGUACUAUUUAAUAUGUGCAUUAAAGUUUUCCCUGAAGACCUGGCGUUGUUAGUUUGUGGGUAUUCUGCGCAUGUCGGAAGUAAGGAAAAACGAGCAAUUUUCCCUCAUGCCGAGCCUCGUGUCUCGUGUCCUGACAUCUCCUAUUAAACAGUUAAACGUGUGCCUCAUCUAGUUAUUUAGUACACCACAAUAAUCGUCAUCUGCCUCCACUGUGUGUUGUCCUUUAGUCCAGACGUUAUUAUUAAAAUACCAACCUUCAAGGAAACAAUCUGUUCAAAGUGUCUUGAUGGAUCCUCACAGCAGUUGUUUGGUGUUUUAAAGGAGUUUAUGUGGAUUUAGUGCUUUGCACUGAGAGACAGUUCCAUGGAAGAUACGAGUGGUCAGUGGUGGCUGGAAGAAGAAGAAGCAGUCAACCAAUCACUGAUGAAGUUAAUGAUUGACAUUAUAAUUUCAGCGUCCUAAAAUACAUUGAGAUUUUGGCCCUUCGUCUAAGGUCUCGAGUCUCAAGUCUCACCCAUUUAGCAACAUGACAACGGCGAGCAGUGUCCCUCCAACAAGACCAGACCCGACCUCGGUACAUUUCCUGUUUGGUUCAGUCUCAGUGUUUCCAUCAGAAGCUGCUUUCAUCCAACAAGCUGUGAUGAAGACACAGUUCACUUCCUGCUGAGCAGCAACCAGCAGACCCACUGAGUCAGAAGAAGAGCAUUUAUCAGCUAGAGACACAGAUAGCUUGUAAUGAUGACUUAUUCUUUCAGAUUUUUUAUAUUCUAGUUAGUAUUAAAUAAUUAAUCAUGAACAAGUUUGUGAUACUUUGGAUUUCUCACAAGGACAUUAUCCAUAAAAUUCCACCACAAUAGUAAUAGACGAUGAAUAAGUGAACAUAAGAAGCUGUGGUCAUCGGCCAAUCAGAAGAAGCUCCACUGCAGUAGAAGAAGAAGAGGUGGUCCAUGUGGACAUGAAGGACAAAGCAGUGUGUAUGAGAGUGAUGUGAUGUCCAUGUCUCAUGCUGCUCCUCCUUUCAGGGUGGAGCCUGCUGGAGUCCGAUGGUUGAGACCAGGUCUGAUGAAGUAUUCCUGUGAACUCACAAUCGACACAAACACAGUAAACAGAGAACUCAAACUGUCUCACAACAACAGGAAGGUGACAUAUGUGGAGGAGGUUCAGUCACAUCCUGAUCAUCCAGACAGAUUUGACUACUGGCCUCAGCUGCUGUGUAGAACUGGUCUGAUUGGUCGCUGUUGCUGGGAGGUCGAGUGGAGAGGAGACGUUGAAGUAUCAGUGAGUUACAGAGGAAUCAAGAGGAAAGGAGACAGUUAUGACUGUUGGUUUGGAUACAAUCAUCAGUCCUGGAGUCUGAGAUGCUCUGAUGGAGGUUACUCUGUCUGUCACAAUAAGACAAGAACACGCAUCACCUCCUCCUCCUCCUCCUCCUCCUCCUCCUCCUCUGGUAGAGUAGCAGUGUAUGUGGACUGUCCUGCUGGCUCUCUGUCCUUCUACAGAGUCUCCUCUGACUCACUGAUCCACCUCCACACCUUCAGGACCACAUUCACUGAACCUCUUUAUCCUGGGUUCUUGCUCUGGUCUGGUUCCUCAGUGUCUCUGUGUCCUCUGUAGGACGGAGAGUCUCCUCCUGGUGGAGAACCUUCCUCUCUGCUCACCACAUAGUUCAGUCUGUACAUGAUGUUGAUGAAGGUGAUGUUUUUUUCAAGAACCAUUUGUAAUGAGCAAAUUUUCCAAUCUCUCAAAAUCUGUUCAGUGAAAUCAAAUAUAAUUUCACAUAAUCAGGUUUGUUCUAAAAAAGAACCUUUUAAAAGCUUCAGUUAACCUCUGAAGAAAAGAUUUAAUGACAGAUAUCAGCUACUAUCAGGUUUUUAUUAACUAUAUUAUAAUCACUUCAUGUGUUACUUUGGGUUAACAGGAAUAUAUUUGUAUCUUUCUAAUGUUAAUAAAUGAAUUUUAUUGGAAACUGUGUCAUUAACGUAUUUAAACACCAAGUAUUUAAUGAGCAGUGUUCUGCUCGUCGCCUCGUGUCAUAAACUCUUCUUCCUUCAAAGUGAAGCAUUCUGGGAAAGUAAAUGUGUUUCUUCAACAAUAAACAUGUGACGUCAGACUGAUGGAACGAGGCCUCAGUGGGAUUCGAUCCCACGGAAUCAAAGUGAUUUUUAUUGUUCCAAACAAACAAACAUCACAUUGAUAAUAAUAAUUUAGGAGCAAAUGUUUAAUUUCCAAAGUGAUGACCUUUAACCUCACAGCAUCUAUUUAAGAAAGUUCUCCCAAGCUACAAAUCCAGCAGGAAUCUGAAGGUGUCAGAGUGAAUUCUUCAUUGCAACAUCAAAUAAAAUAGAUUCA